AUGGGCGCCGGCAGCUCUAAGCCCGCGGCUCCGGCCGACUCGAAGCACAUUUUCUCGAGCUCCUCCCCCGUCCAAUUCUCCGCCAACUUCGUUGACGGCCUCCAGUCCAACACCGAGACCGACUCGGCACGCGCCCGUUCCCUCGAACUCCAAAUCCAAGAGCGCGUAGCCCAAGAACUCGAGCGCCUUCGUGCCCGCGAACAGCAAACGCUGGCCGAGAUCGAGAAGAAGCUUGCUGAAGCCAAAGACGUCUCUUCUUCGACACCCGCGCCCAGCUACGCUCCCAGCAGCUCGGGUGCUUCCUCCUACUACCCACCCGGAUCUCUGGACCUGGAUGCGCCCCGGAUCCCGUUCGCGGGGCGGGAGAGCUACUUCGCAGCUGCUGCUGCUCCGGCGGUUGAGGCGGCGGCGCAGCCGAUUAACCGGGAACUGUCGCGGGAGAGCGUGAACAGUGAGAUUGAGGAGUUGAGGGCGAAGUUGGAAGGACGGAAGAAGUUGGUUGAGAUUGAUGCGGGGAUUGAGAAGGCUAGAUCGGAGGUGGUGAGUUGUUUGAGGUUGAAUGAUCGGAGGCCGUUGGAUUGUUGGAAGGAGGUUGAGGCGUUUAAGAAGGAGGUUGCUAGGUUGGAGGAGGGGUUUGUGGAUCGGAUUGUUGGGUAG